GGCUUUGACAAAUUUCCCUCUCAAAGUUACACUCUCUCUCCAGGGUUUCUCAUUUAUCGUGACGUCACAGUGCUAUACUACAACACGCAAAUAUGGCGACGGACAAGUUGGUGAUGACUACAGUAAUUUUAGCGUUGGAGAGACUUUGUGGAGAUAUCAGUGUUUAAAAGGAGCUAUCUGGAAGAUGUUAAAUGUUCCUUAGAUAGUAGAAAGAAUCGAUGCAUCGUCAGCGAUGUAAAAUUCGUUUUUGGAGAUUCCUUCUUGAGAUUUGAGAAGUGAAGGUUCUGACCCCGCAAUUGAUGUCAGUUUACAAACAUUUCGAGAGAAAUGUUCGGUGUACGUACGUAGAGGAAAAUCGUUUGUGAAAAGAAAAGGUGGUAAAUAUAUUCUCGAGUACGGAAAAAUGGACAAAAUGGACCGACAAGAGCGAUUGGAAAGAACAGCUUCUAUGGCAUACAACAAAGGUUUGAUCAACAAUCCGGGUGAAAAUAAUUGUUUCCUCAAUUCUGCCGUUCAGGUAAGCAAGUUACCUUGUUUCCAGAGCAAACUUUACUUCCCCUAUUGAUAUUUUGGUGAAAAAUUAAGUUUUAUUGUUUCUUCAUCGGUACCGAACGUACAAGUUUAUUCUCGAGCGUGGAAACUGAUGCUCAUUAAAAUGUGUUAUGUUUUAUUGCAAGAUAACAAUACCUUCUAGAGAAACGUAAUAACAUUUAGCGUUAUUUCUGUCGCGUUAGAAGCUUUUUAAAAGAGCAGAAAUAACCGCUAGAUAUUCUCACAGUAGGAAAUAAUAAAGCUGAAACCACUGGUCACUGGUUAUCCAAAUUAGAAGUUCUAAAUUUGUCGCCUUCUUUUGGGUUUCGUGCGUUAGUUUAUGUAUCUCUCGCCCGUGUAUUGAUUUAGCGGUUUUGGUAGUAAACUCUCAUUCGUUCAUCUUGGAGUAGUAAUAUCUUUUGGUUGUGAGUCAUUAUCUCGUCGAUUUCUGGGAACUCCAAAUGUUAUAAAUUAAAACAAUUUCAUUGGCACAUCGAUCACAAUUUGAUCGAACGAAUUCGUGUGGGCAUGAAUGUCCUAAGGAAUGCGCAAUUAGAUUGCCUUUUUUUCAUUACAUAAAGGUUUCAGCGAUGCGUUAAAAUCCUUUCUUAUGUGCUGAAGGUGAUUGAGCCAUAACACAAUGGGCUUGAUGUCUUAAGUUGCACAGCCCGUGCAAGACUUGAUUUAUCUCUGCAGGAAACAUUUAUUUAUAUCAAGAAGGUUGGAGCAUAUUAAAAGUUUCUCUCUUAAAAUCGCGUCUAAUAAUUUUGUGUAUGGUCGAACAUUUUUUUCACAAUCCUUCCGCUAAGUACCACAUCCGUUCAGUUUUAUGCGGAUCACGGAUCAUCAACAAAUUAUGUGAAAAAAUUCUGAACAAUUUUCCAUUGCUGUCAGCUUACCUUCUUAUCUGAAACUCAAUCUAACUGGAGUUUUGUGCAGUUUCUAUAAUUUAUUUAUUGCAAUUAAUAAAUUGUAGGACUAAGCAAUUUCAGAUUCUUCGCAUUUAGAAUAUUAUAAUGUUAACGAUACUACGAAAGGAAUCUAUCUCACCCCUGUAGCAUUAAAAGAAUAAUUUGGCAUUUUUAAACCACUCAAACUUAAUCCCUUUCUGAGCUAAGAUUAGAUUAUGGGGGCCAAUAUGUGAAUUCUUACCCUGCAUGGUUUAGAAAUUUGAGUGAUGUAAAAGAAUUUCAAAAGCUAGAUUUUUUUGUUAGAUAUAAUUAUAUUCAUACUAGUUAUAUGUCUGAUUAUAAAAAAAAUACAGUUUAUAUUGUAAAAAUGCAUCAUUCCUAGCCUUGUCUAAAACUUCGAAAAUUGAAGGUUUUUUGUAUAUAGGGGCCUUAGUGUUAACCCAUAUUAAUAACAUUAUUUGAACAACUUGUGUCCUACCGUAUUCAACCUUUUUUCAGUCUUAAAAUACCACAGUACUUCGCACUUGAAAAGCAGUACAAAGAGGUUUGAGAGGUCCAAGUCUUAAUCAGUGUAAUGAUAUGGUUUAGAUUACAUGGGUUAUGUUUUCUUUUAAAACUGAUACUAAUAGGUGGCUGUAAUCAAUAGGAUUUGUUUCUUAAAAAGAAACCUUAAGAGUGUGUUAUAGGAUAUGAUAUUGAAAAAUAAUGCUGCACAAACUUUUUGGGGCAGCAAAUAUACAGAAAUUGUUGUAUUAAAGCAAAUAAGCGCCAAAAAUAAUCUGAAAUAAAGAAUUCAAUUUUAAAUCAUAGUAAAUACCGUCAGUUGUGCCAAGUUAAGCCAUGAAUGAGGAGUGAAUUAUCUGCAAUUUCGGAAGGGGGUGGGGGUGGGGCAUUUGACUCUCAUUGCACGACUGGCCAAUUCCUAGAAUAAACCAUGAAGUGGUACUGUCACAAAAAACAUGAUUCAUUUCAUAUAAUUAUUCCACUAAUGUCAUAAGAGUUGGAAAUUUUUAGGAAUUUGCAUGUUAUCAUUUUUUGAAACAAUAAAUAGCAGUGAAAUAUUUUUUCAACACGAGAAGAGAAAUUUCGUAUCUCCAAGCAGCCAUGUAAUGUUCUAUCUAUUAUAUAAACACCAGUGAAAAACCAAAGCAUUUCACUUUUAAUUAAUAGUUUUUUGGUGUGAAAGGCUCGAUUUACUAUGUAUUCAUAGCAACGGUGAUAUUUUCACAUGUUAUCUUCAAAUGUGAAGAUAUCAAGUUUUCGCGAGAAAGCUCACCUGGUAUUUCAUUGGUGUUUAUAUAAUAAAAAUGGUCCAUUCCCUGUCUAGCAGUUACAUAUAUAUGGCAUUUUGAAAUCUUUGUGACAGCCCUGCAGCAUAGUGUUAAACCAAGCCGUUCAUUCAAUGAUGAAUGCAUUUUGCUUUAGGUACUUUGGCAUCUUGAUGUGUUUAGACGAAGCUUUAGAGAGAUUAAAGGCCACUACUGCAUGGGCCAGUCCUGUAUAUUUUGUGCUCUGGACUUCAUAUUCAAACAGUUUCAGUACAGCAGUAAUGAUGCUCUUCCUCCAGACGGAUUGAGGGUUGCUUUAGCAGUUGCAUUCAAGGUUAGAUUAAAUAAUGCAUUAUUUUUAACAUAAUUCCAAUCCUUUAUGGGACAUUUAUUUUACUUGUUAAUGUUACAAAUCAGGUGUCGAUUAUUUAAAAGAGAACUUUUAAAAAUUUACAAGUUUUGCUAUUGAUUUCAGACUCAAAAACAAUAGUUACACUUUUAAAUUACACUUAUGAAAGUUUUAUUCAAUCAACUCAGAAUAUAGCUGCGCAAUGCUUAAGUACAUGGACUUAAAUACCUUGUGUGCUGCCCUAUAUACAAUAUUCCUAUAGAGCCACCGUGGAUGGAUAGCUCAAUAAAUGCACAGCCGUGUGUAUGCUAGAGGUCAAAUUAAGUUCAGGUAAAAAAAUUUUUUAACCUAGGUUGAUUCUCUGUUUCCUCUAUCUCCUGGCCCUAUACAUGUUCCUGUUAUGGUUAUUACACUUGGGUCCCACCACCUGCUUAUGAGUAAAACAGCUAUAAAAAAUUUUCGCAAAAAGACAUUAAUUAGAGAUACAGUUGUAAAAUGCUGAAAUAAUUAGUGUGGGAACCUCCAAUAUUAUAGCAACUUAUUUUGUUGUUGUUUGAUUACCCCAGCACAGAUAUCUCGGAGUUGUUUAGUUGAAUAUGCUUGGUCUUACAGAGUCGAUAAAAAUUGACUUUGCUAAAUUUAAAUGCAUGUUGAGUCAAUCUUAAUUUGUGUGGGCCAAAUUCUUGGUCAUCUUUUCCUGUAAUAUAAUAUGUGCUUCUGAUUUUCCAACAGAAUCAACAUAGAUUUCAGCUGGGAGACAUGGAUGAUGCUGCGGAGUGUUUUGUAAGUUAAGAUGACCUUUAAGAUGGUCCAAAUAAAAGUCACAGAGAAUAUUUUUGCUGUAAUUUCUUAUGUUGUUCUUUUAUUGGUUGGAAUCCAUCAAACAUGAGACCCAGUGUAUCGUCCAGCAUCCAGACAUGGAAAAUAUUUCAGGUGUUCAUGGUUUUGUGAGUUUGACGUUCCUGUGAGUCUCUUUUUAGAGGUAUCACCAGACUAUAUACACUCAAAUAGUCUUAUCAUAAUAAGUAGCCUGCGCCACAGAUGGAACUAAACUUCUGCUAAAGUCCAUAUGUGAAACAGUGCUGAAAUUCUUGUUGUGGGUCUCCACCUGUGUACCAGGAUUUGAGUACACACUAUGAUUGGCCUGUUAAAUAGCCAUUGUCAAAAGCCAAUUAUUGUAAAGAGAAAUUCAAAAUGCAUUUUCAGUAAUUUGUUGAGUUUGUUGGUGGCCCAGAACAAGCAUAUUGGUGCUGCCUCACAGAUGUUACUAACUGGGGUUAGAUUACCUUUCCCUCAUUAGCACAAGAGUGCAUCUUCAUUUUUACAAAGGUCCUUUAAAAGGUCCUUUUAAAAGGUCCUUUCCUAUGCGUUUUCUUGUUAACACUUAGUUCUUACUUCUAUUUCUUAUACUUAAUCUAGGAAAACAUCCUGAGCCACAUGCAUACACUUGUUGCUAGAAAUGAACAUGAUGAUGCUUGCACUGCCAAGCACUGUAUAUCACAUCAGAAGUUCGCCAUGCAGAUUAUUGAACAGGUAUUAUGUGUGUAGGUCUUGGAAAAGUCCUAUCUGGUAGUCUGGGACAAGUAGAUUUUCUUGUUGGGCAAGUAACUUAUAAAGCUUUCUUGUCCAAUGGGUGAAAAUCCAGGCAAGUCAUCCUCAAACUGAAUGAUAAAUAUUAAAGAUGGGUAGUUGCUCAGGCAAAGAAAAACAGUGGUUUUGUUAGAAAUUGCUAUGGUGAAUCCUGUGACUUAUACUGAACAAAGAAAAAUUGCAAGUCCUGGCCAUUUCAAUAAGCAGUGGUUUUAUUGAAAUAUUUGUCUGGAAAGGUUUCAGCUACAUCUUGCCUGAAGGCCAAGCUGUAAAACCAGGGUGCAAAGAAAGUCAUUUUUACAGCUUGCCAUUCGGGCAAGCUGAAGCAGACAUAUUCUAGCCCAAACAUCAUUUCAUCUAGCCCCAAAAAUGUUUUGAUGAACAGAUUAAUUUCACAGUUCUUCUGCAAUUUGAAUUCCUCAAAAAACUUCUCUUGCCCAUCGGGCAAGUUAAUAACAGAAUUUACUAGCCCGAUAGCAAAAUCCAAUAGCCCCGGACUAUCGGACACUAAUUUCUUUGGACGCUGAAAACUGAUUUCUAAGCACCUUGAAGCUGAAAAAAUACUUGGAUUGUUUUGUGACUUGUUGGUACCUUGAAUACUUUCCCGGGGCCAAUUAUGCAAGUUAAAUACAAUGAUCAACAAAUCUUAGUUAAAUACAGUGAUCAAUAUUUAUUUUUUAUUUGUAGUUAACCUAGAACUUAUGCUAACUAGGGUAAACCCUUUUAUUCAACCUGAGUGAAGGAUGGCUUAAAAUGUUGUUUUAACUGUUGUGUCAAAAUCUUAUGGUGUGACCAUUCAAAUGAACCCCCUUUAACUUAAUGAACCAUAAGUACAAAUUAAUGUACUUUGAGUGAGUUAACAACUGGCCUUAUUUUGAUAUUAUUUAUAACAGACAAUAUGCCAGUGUGGAGAACAGUCCGAGCCACUUCCCUUUUUCCAGCUUGUACACUAUGUAUCUGCUUCUGCACUGUGGUAUGUACAGUCUGCCCAAUAGUUGUCACUAGUAAGUUGUUUAAACCAAGACUUGACAGAGUCGCAAAUAUUUUUUUUGUUUCCUGAGAGGAUAUAAUUAUGACCGGCUAAGUCACCAUUUUGGUUAGAGUCAAUCUAAUGUAUAGACAGAUUACUGCCUCAUAUUCCCUGCAAUAAAAGUAUUUAGUUGUUAUGAUGAUUCCCAUGUGCUCUAAUGUAGAUUUUGUUCAUCUGGGUAUUGAUUAUCACCCAUAAUUAGAGAAACUUGACAAAUUAAUUCACAUGCUUUCAGCGUUACUUUGUGGUACAAUUUGCAUGAAUUGUAGUACGGUAGUGCUCAAUCUCCAUCCUUGAUUAAAAAGUACCUAAUUGGCCUCUUUGGGUUGCCACUGUGGAAUGCCUUAAUUCUCCCUUGCCCUUGGCCAAAGUUGUUUUAGCAAAAACAUUUUAAAAUCUGAAAGAAGAGUGAGAUUUAUCUAAAAUUGAAGAGAAUCUGUGGCAUGUUUUUUUAACACAUUUUCUAUUUCUUUUAUUUCAUCUUUGUAUAAGUUAGGGGUGAUACACCGUUUAAAUAGCAUAGGUGGACACGUAAUAUAACCUGUACCUACCUAGCUUGUUACUAAGUGCUGAUAUGUUAAUGAAUUAUUAUGUACACUGCACUUAUAAUUAUUUUCAUUACAGCACAAAAGCCAGGAGUCUAAAAGGAUGGGACAAUACCCGGCCAAUUGAGAAUCAGUUUGGAGUUCUGUUAAGAAGAGCAGGCCAAGACACCAGAGAAUGUCAAGUAAGUUGAAUCAGCUUAUUUUAUUUACACAUAGUUAACUCUCUGAAAACUUUUAUGGUAUGCAACUAUUAUUUCAUUUUCACUAAUAAAUGAUCUGUUUGACCAGCCACUUCUGUCUUUUGGAAAGUGCCCUUUAAGUUUAAUGGUUGUGGGAUUUUAAAAUUCCCCAAGCAACGUUUGAUAAACUUCUUUAUUUUCCUUGCAAAUUUCCCUCUGUUUGGUUGUGGUUAGGAGAAUUUGCACAAGGCCUUCUUCCAGGUGGUGAUGUUUCUUGCUUUUGUUACUAACAACUCUUACAUUUUAGAGUCCAGACUGCAGGGACAGAGUCCAAGUUCAGCGUUUGUUAUUGAACUGUCCAGAUAUUGGUGAGUGAACACUUAUUUAUAAUCCAUGAAGUUAAUAUUAAUCUAUUUUAAAUUACUAGGCAAAUUGGGAAACAAAGUGCUGUAUGGAUAGUCCACCUACUAUACUCUUGAAGUCAUAGCUACCUUGUAUGUCUUUAUGGAAACUCAGAAAGUAGAAUUACAACAAUUUACAUAAAAUUUUGCCAAUGUUAGAAUCAGUCAGUAACAUUGUGGCAUUAUAAAAAGUUGAAUAACAGUUUUAGUGACAAAAAAAGGUAGAAAAGGAAAAGGCAUCCACUGUUGCAUCAAAUAAUCGCUGUCACCUAUAACAACAAGUUUGUGAUUGUGCCAAUAAUAAUUAACAAAAGUAUGUAUACACAUUCUCUGUUGUUUUUGUAGUGAGUGUAGGCCUUAUUUGGGAUUCAGAAUCACCAGAUGCUGAACAUAUUGCAGAUGUUUUACAAUGCAUUGGAACAACUCUCAAGCUUUCUGAUGUAAGACUUUAGACAUUUUAAAAACGUUUUGCCCUUAUACUGUAAGUUGCCAGGGCUGUCACUAAGAUAGCAUGCAAGCAACCUCUCCAAUAAGAAAGCCCUUGUACUCACUUCUUCUUUUGUCUGCAACUUUCACGUGACUUUUCCCAAUGAUGGAGUGCUUGCUGUUAUACAUAAUAUUAGUAUUGGUGUUGGGGGGGGGGGGGGGGUUAAAAAGGGAAAAAAUUAUAUGAUUUUUUUUUUCCUUUUUUUCCCCAAAAAUCCCCUUCCCCCCCCUUUUGGGGACCCAAAGGUUGCACGAAAAAUUUUUUUUGUUUGGGGUUUAAAAUUUUGAAAAAAGGUUAUUAAAUGGGAUUCGAGGCCCCUGUCCCAAACAAAACUGCUGUGGAUCUUCUUUUCCUUUGCCCUGAACUUUGGCCUGGCUUUUGCCCAGUAGGGGGGGUGUUCUGUUGUAUCGAAUAUGUGCAAUUGGGGUUGGGGGGGGGGGGAUUGAACAGGUAGAAAGUUCAUUGAUUCUAUUUUCCCUUUGUUUCCCAUGAAAUCCCUGCUCCCAGCUCUUAGUGGAACCAUAGGUUGCACAGAAAAUAUUGCUUAGUUUGGGUUAUAAGUCUUCAAAAAAGUGCUCCCUCUUGAAUACAUUAUAGGAAAAAGGGGUAAGUUUAGUUAAGACGAUCUAUAAGUGCUCCAGGAGUCCGCUGCCCCCAUUCUUUUUUCCUGCCCGUUAUUUUGCUUUUUUUUUGUAGUAAUAUGUCUUGGCAAAAACAGUUCUUGUGGUUGGUUCCUCCUAAAACGUGAGGAAAUUUAUAUAGGAUUUAAUGGGGCCAAAACCAAUUGUAUCCAUUUUAGGAUGGCAUUCUACUGACGAUCGGUUAUAACAGUUAAAUAUUGCAGUAGCAUUAGUUGUUGACAGACUGUCCCUGAUCAAUUAUUUUUAAAGGCAAAUGAUCAUCUGUUUGGUAAAGAUGUGGGAAAAUCAAACAAUAAAUUUAGCCUUCUUUUGGAUUUUAGUCAAAAUUACUGUAAUUGCAAAGUGAAAGCUUGUAUGAAAUUAUUUUCAUUACCAUGCAACUAUUCUCAUGGCUAAUUCACCUGUUUUAAUAGAGGAUAUAACCUGAGUUUGUUUUUUGUUACAGUUGUAUCAUCAAGUCUAUGAUGAGAGGGCUAAGGACGCUUCAUUACAGCUAGUUGGCAUAGUAACGUACUAUGGCAAACACUAUUCAACAUUCUUCUUUCAUAGCAAACUUCGAACGUGGAUUUAUUUUGAUGAUGCCAGAGUCAAAGAGGUAAGGCUGUAAAGAAUUCUAAUCACAACUGAUAUGAUUACAGAAAGUCAGAUGAAGUGAAGUUCUGUUACAAGUAAACCACUAUGUAUAAAAAAAGAAAAUACUUAAAAGAAACACCGUGACAUUUUUAACAUUUGUUUAAUAAAAGAAAAAAUGGUCCAUCACUUUUUCGCCAGGACAAAAUAAAACGUAUUCAAGUGCAACUGUCUUCUUACAGUGCAUGCAAUGAUGUGAUGGUCAGUGUUACUUUUACAUGUUGUAUACUCUCCAGUUGCGUAAAAAACAGUUUAAUACACUGUACUUAUCAUGAAAGUACUAACUGAGCACACUACUUUUACGUCCCCUAAUGGAGACGGAACCGUCAUUGUACGUAGCCAUCCUAGCUACGCGAAAAGCUGACCAACGGCAGUCAUGUGUUUACUUGAUGAAGCGCUUACUAAUUUUUUCCCGCCUCAAAUGCGGGAAUUACGGUCAAGACGCCAGAAAGUCAUUUCGCCCGAAGUCAUGUCGCCCAAAGCCAGGGUCAUGUCGCCCUAAAUUUAUAGUCAUGUCGCCCGAAAUUGCGGGCGACAUGACUUAGGAUUUCGGGCGACAUGACUAUGUAUUUCGGACAACAUGACGCUGGUUCAUGGCGAUAUGACUUCGGGCGAGAUGACUUUCGGGCGACUUGACCGGUUACCAAAUGCGGCGCUGAAGGGGUAAAUAUGACUGAUACUAUCGUUUUGUUUACAACCUGCAGAUUGGUCCAAACUGGUCAGUGAUGAUGGAAAAAUGUCGUUUGUGUCACUAUCAACCUCUGCUAUUACUAUACGCCAAUCCUGCAGGCACUCCAAUAAGUGCUGAGUCAGCACCUAAAGAGACAAUCCUCAUCAAUGGAAUAACACGUAAGAAAGAUGCACAUCAUUCUAGUAAGCGUGCUUUGAGUGACAGAGAGGCAGGUGAUGGUGUUAGCGAUGGUGAAAAGAGCCCUGUUGGAUCAAAAAAGGGAAGGUUACGAUUCAAGGGGAAAGAUGAGAAGCGGUCGUUGAAAUCCAAGAAAAGCCUUUCCGCUAGUGAUCUAACUGAACCAAGCAAGCAUCUCUUUCGCACACCCAGUAAUGCGUCGGAUUCUGGUGCUACCAGUCAGAGGAAGGAAAAACAUCGGCCAAGCUUCAGGCGGAUUGGAAAUGCUAUAAUGAAUGUAGUUAAUCCUGCUCUGGCGGUGUCGCAUUUGAAGCAGGGGAAAAAAAAGAACAGUCAUAAAGCAAGUCGAAGAUCAUCAACUGGAUCAGGCAGUGAAUCCAGUGGGGAACAUGAUCUUAUAGAUCUGAGGUAAGGUUAUCUGUCUCAUGGCAGUUUAGUUUGGUGCUCUUCCUUAAUUUUUUUAUCAAUUACUUGCUAUGAAACCUGCUACACGUAUGUGCGUAAGUUUGAAAUAUACGCACAUGCAUCGAUGUUCGCACGUGCAUGGCACGUGCUAUGUUCACACUGUAGCGGACGAAUUUUCGACCGAAAAUUUGACCGAACAUGUUGGUCACACGGAACCUUCCAAUAUUUUCGCCAAUUUUACACUGAACUAAAAAACCAGGUUGAAUAUUUUCAAGUAGCAGCGUUCUACUUAUGCAAUCUGGCAUACUGACUGUAUAUUUCAACUGUAAGUGCUUUUCUAUAUAUACGCGCGCGCUAGAUACUAGGAUGCCUCCUACGCAGACGUUCUCAGGGAUUCGUCACGCGUUCCUUUCCCACGAACGGAGGAUUGCCUGACGAGCCGAAAGAACGUCUGCAUGGGAGGCUAUAAUAUUACUGUACCUUGCGUUCAAGGUUAAGUGGCGGAAUUUGUUAAUUAGUGAGUGGCUAUUGUAAUUUGCGAGCAAGCGCUGCAUUUCGAGUAGCGUUACAUAUUGGCAGCGGUUAAUUCGUUAAUCUCCGCAAUAAGCAGCGAAAAAUACGAGAAAUAGACGGCCAAAGUGUCACUUACAGUGCAACAUCAGACAAGCCUACACUAUUAUUUCACCUGUUUCCUCCUAGCUCCAAGAACGAAGCUGCUAAAAUGGAGAUCUUAAAACUCUAUGAACAGUCUAAAGCGCUGAAUGCGGCCCAAGUAGGAGCAGUGAAUCAUGAUAGUGGAAUAAGCUCUGCUCCGUCAUCAGCUGGUGAAUCUGUUAGUUCUACUGACACCAAUCAUGGAGGAAGUGAUGAGGAUCUUAUUGACUUCAAUCAAUCAUGGCGGCAUUCUAGAUAUGAUAACUGGCCCCCUGGUAAGACUUCUUAUACCCCACUCUUUUGAACACUCUGAAUGCUUAUUUCCAGGGGAGUAAUGGUAGACCAGGGAUGGCACAGUGUUAAGAUUACCCGCCUCCCACCAAUGUGGCCCGGGUUUAAAACCUGACAUCCACGCCAUAUAUAAUAGCGGAGCUCUCGCGCUGCGCGCGCCAGCGGAGCUUCAUCGGUAAGAAAAUUUGGUAAUCACGUGACCGUACACUGCCCGCCCGCCCUAGAGACCGUCCGUCCGCCUCACAGGUAUACCAAUGUAAAAUAACUCAAUCAACAGGUAUGGUAACCCAAAUGCAACUCGAGGUUAUUUUGGCGGGAAAUCACAUAGCCACCGGCGUCUUGUAAAGCAGAGACAACAAAAGAGUCAGUAAAGACGAAAACGGAAAGCGGAAUUAGUUUCUGUAUACGUGUUGUCUAAAGUAUUAAGCUUAGAUAAAUUGUCAUGUCCACAAAUUUGGAAUAUAGAGCAAAAGAAAGACAGAGAAAAAGAGAAAAUGGGCGGCAGGCCAGCGAAGCUCAACAAGAAAAAGGGCGACAGGGAUUUAAAGCGAGAGAUUAAAAACAAAGGAGACAUUUUUUUGUUGGAAGAACAACGUAAAAAUUUUGUAGCGGCGGUCAAAUGAGAAAUGCUAGCGGCACAAAUGCAAGGUGAAAAUGAGUGGCAGUGGAAAAAAGUGAACGGGAACACGUAUGACAUUUCCUCCAUAAAACGUGUAACUAAGAAGUUUCUGGAAGUUUCACGUUGUAGUCGUGCAAAACAACGGCAAAGAAAUGUACAAAAAUGUGUGCUGCACGUGCAAAGUUGCUUUCUCUAAUUAGACCUAUUGUUGUUUUUCACUGUUUUCCGGCGUUGCAUGCCUUCGCCGCUUAGCAUUACACGAUUUUAUAUUUUGUUUGAACAAACUAUAAAUAUUAUCGAGAGCUUCGCUUUCAGCCUUGGCUAAAUCUAUAUAUUAUGUGGUUUGAGUUUGUUGUUGGUUUGCAGCAGCUCGUUCUCCCUCCACGUCAAAUUUAUAGUUUAAUGUUUAGAGGGUCCGCAAUAGGGUUCUUCAAUCCCGUAAUCCCGACUCAAAAUUCCUUGCAAUCCCGUAAUCCCGAGGGUUAUAUUUGGCACCUACCUCCCGCGAUCCCCCCCCCCCCCCCCCCCCCCCCCCUUGCAGUGGUGUACACAGUUUUGCCUUUCGGUCCCCCCCGAGCUCAAAAAAUGGAAAACCGGGUUUGCCAAAAAUCCUUUUGGGGACCCUCUGUAAAGCACCAAAUUUUCCCCCCGGGGGGUUUUUUUUUUAUUGGUAACCCCCCCCCCCCCCUCCCCGCCCCCUCUGGCUUUGACCGUUCACCCAGUCGAGUUUCUUUACUCCGAUAACGUUCGGAUUUUUUGUAAUUACUCUUGCAGUUCAUCCGAAUGAUCGCAUUGAAAUACUCCUUCAACAAGCCGAGAACUAUCUUGCAAAAUCAGAGAUGUGUGAAACCAGCAAGGACUUUGUCCGUGCUUUAAGUUACUGCACCGAAGCAGCCAGUGAGUGGUUACUGUUGAUAACUUCGCCGCUUUAGAAACCAAUAGGAAACUGGGACGAGUUAACUUUGGCAAAGACUUUUGAGACUGUUACUAGAGACAAGGAAAAAAAUUGGCCAAUCGCUGAUCGGCGCGACUCCAGUGACAAUCCCAGAGACAAUUGCGGGACGCAUCAUGUCGGCCCCAGUUCUCUUCUCGUUUCUAAAGUGGCAAAUUAUCGGGCUUCAUUUGUGUGUAUUUCUCUAUUGUUUAAAAAAUUUCGGGCGUUGUCUUACUGGAUGUAGUAGCAGAGUACAGACCAAUAAUGUUCUCGGUCAAUAAACUUAAAUUUUUUUCAAAGUUCAGCUUCUGACAUGACAGUUGGCCUGUAAGAAAGCUCUCCAUUUUGGGUGGCGAACGAAAGUAGCCGCGACAGAAAGUACUUCCAAGCGGCUUUGCUACGCCUGCCACUCGUGCGUGACUUCUCACGAUAUCCCCAAGAGGGAGCUUUCUCGCAGGCUACGUGACAAUCAUUAAGGACCUUAAGCAACAAGAAUGUAGACUUCCCGGACGUCAAAAAAUGGCAAGCGGAAAAUUUUCUAUCGUUCAGUGCUCUGACGCGACAAAUUCGUAAGGUGGGUGUUGAAAAACAAAGGCAUUCCGAUUUGUUGUGUGAGACAAAAGCGGUCCAUCAAGCAGACAUCGAACUUCCGCUUGCUAUUCAUAAGGUCCGGGACGUCAGAGUUCUGGUUGCUUAAGCUCGCUAUUACAUCGGUAGACCGUAGUUGAUUAAACUUGCUAAAAUAACCAUUCAAACUUGUGAUCAGUAAUCUCUUUGAAUUUAUUCCAGGUCUAUAUAGGCGUGUUGCUGAAGAAACAGGUGUAGACAUGAACACGAAGCACUUCGCUUCCAUGAAAAGGGAUGCGUGCAUGGCCAGAGCCAGGAACUUACGACUCUUUGUCCAUUCACCCCAUGACAACAGAAAUACUUCUGUUAGGUACGCACCUCAUGAGCAUUUUAAUCUGAUGGUAGUUUUUUUUUUAAGUUUUAGGCACGAGCCCAUAACCAACCUCCAUUUCGCGGCCACUUGCUGGUCUGAGAGUGGCCUGAGAGUGGCCACUCCCGGGUGGCGGGGUACUCCUGGGAAUUCUUGAUGGGGGUGUGCCGCCCGGUUCUCCAAAUCCUGACCCUAUUUCAGACCAAAAAAUGUCAUUUUCUACAGCCGAUUUCAGACGAGACCUCUAAAAUCCGUACCCGUUUUCAGAUCUGGCCUUUAGGCAGAAUUAUGUUACACUCGAGGUUCAAUCAAUAUAGGACAGGCACAGAGCCCAACAUGUUCAAAAGCACAUCGUGGUUUUCGUUUUGAAACCGAUUGCCAAAAUCUAAUGUAAUACAUGUAUUUGAAUACUACUGGUUUCUUUUACAGUCUUUCGAAGCAAAGAGAGGAACAAGUUCUUCAUCAACAACGACAAAGAGAUCAUAUGAUUAUGAGGCAACAGCAGCAAUUUCAGCAGCAGGUCCCCCCGCCACAAUACGUAUGUACAACAACAACAACAGUCACUUAAUUUAUAUACGGAAAGAAAGAAAUCACCAGGGAGGCACUAGAAAAAUUAUCAAGAAUUAACUAGCUAAAGGGGAAAUAGCGCAGGGAGAACGCCUUAACCUUCGCCCCACGCUUACUUGAGCGACUCAUUUUUUACUUCAUCUUAGCUAGUUCCUCGGCUAUAGGGUUCAGUUUGUGGGUUAAAAAAUAAUAAAGAACGCUCGCGUUUACUUUUCUGUAUCCCUUUCUAUUGUUGUUUACAGUUUUCUUCAGUUACAAUGAAAUAUACGAAGCUAUUUUAUUCCAUUUCACGGGCAGUUGUUGAAUUACUGCGAAGCAACUCGGGACGCGAGGAUGACGCAGACACCUAUAAAAAGCGGGAAAAUUUGCGCGAAAUUCAAGUAUCGCUGUGGCUUUUGAUUAUACGAAUCAUUUUUCUCACACGUGAAAAAACAUCGUUGUCGAUUCUGAUUGGCUAGAACUCAUCAUCUGCUUAUGAAAAUGUACGCUUUUUAGUAUGAAUAUAAUAAAUUUACUUUAUUCAUUUUCUAUUGACAGACAUCACUGCAGCGAAGAGAUCGGUUUGUGAAUGAGAAACCAGCCCCUCAAGUUGGAUUGCAGAGAGUUAUUGAGGUGCCCGUCUGUAGUUCUAGACAGAAUGGAGGGCAAGACCGAAACUACGGGGAUGAACAGUACGUGGCCUCCACUCUUCCUCUGAAAGUUAAAGCCAAGCCCAUUGUGUAUUCAAGUGGUCAUUACGUAAGUAAAGCUCAACAGGACAAACUCGGCCCCAGUAGGGUAGCAUCAGUGGUUUGCUCACAACAGAUUAAACCGGAUUCACUGUGUUAUAACCCAGUGCAUUAUGACCGUGAAAGCGAGAUCGCUGCGAGGAUACAGAACAUUAAUCUCAAUUCUUCUAGACCGAAAACGAACGAAGAAUAUACGACGGUUAUCUCUGUUGGCGACAACAGGCCGAAGAUUUCCGAAAAUCGCCACUCGCGUCCUUCUCCGGUGGAACAGAGGCGGGUGUUGAGUUCGGUGUAUAUUUCGCCUUCAAAUUCAUCAAACUUUAGAACUGUACCCACUGCUUCGUAUAACCCUACAGUCUAUAGAAGCAACGGCACUCGAAGUCCUCCAACUAUCACUGCUGUCCGUCCCAGACCCAAAGUAUUUUACGCGGGAAAUUCAGCGGUUGGCACGAACUCGUCAACUCGAGAUCGGUCCCCGUCCCCUGCGCGGUCAGUGGAUGAGUUAGAUUAUAUUCACUCAAACCGCGGUGCUUAUGGUCCGCGGCCUCAUGACUAUGUACCUGCUCCUCCCUAUAAUUCACUUCAUCAGCGAGAACAGCUCAAGAGUUAUUCAACUUCGUCGUUAUCCAAGCCUCGUUGGCAUCACAACUCGCCGGACGAUUCUGUUGCAAACAGUAGUCGCGAUUUCCGACCAGUGUCGGCGCGUGUUAUCACGGAUCGGCCAGUUUGUGAAAAAUGCCGAUGUAUACCAAUUGAUAGGCGACAAAGAUUAUGUGCUGGCUGUGAACAAGAAUUGCGCCAGAUGCACUCAAAUACUGGGAGAUUUUACUGAGGCCAAAACUGAAAGGGAAAAUUUUCACACUGGACACGAAGUUGUUAAGCUUUUAGUCGAAAAAAAAGUUAUAUUUAUUUUGGUAGGAACCUUCAACCCCUGUGACGGUAGAUUUGUGAAGUUACUUUUCCCUUGUGCUUCGAAGAAAGGUAUAAUAACAAGGCCUUAAGCUUUUUGCCAUGUUCACUCAAACAGCGGUACUAGUAAUACAUACAUGAGAAUAAAGGCGUAAAUGAAGUAUAAGCUAUCAUUUAAAGCCGCGAGACACGGUAAAUAACGAUAUUUAGUUUGCAGAAAUUAAGGGCGACGGAAGUGGAUUCUGUAUCUGCUUCUUUCUGCCGACUCUUGUCGUCUACACGAAAAUCAACGCAGCGUUCAAAGCAGUUUGAGUGAACAUGACAUUUGCUUCCCACGCAGACGUUCUUAGGGGUUGGUCACGCGUUCCUUGAACCCAUAAAGAACGUCUGCAUUGGAGGCUAACAUGGCAUAUGAACGGCCGUGAAGGGUCUGAUGAUAAAGCCUUUAAACUAUGUUUCACAGUAGCGAGAUUAUUUGACACUCUGGGUCAGGUAAUAGAUAUAUUCUGAAGUGGUGGUGGAUGAUAGUGGAUAUCUCCUAUGGCACGGAGAAUAUCCACUUUGUAACAAAGACAUUUUGUCACUAAGAUGACGUACGGGGUUAAAAGUUAGAGGUGUGUAUAUGGAGCUUUGUCAGAUGUUUGACUGGGUGGUUAUUUUUCUACGGCAGUUGGAAUCUCCCAGUUUAUUCAAACCCUUAAGAACGUUAUGUGCCAAAUAGAUACUAAUAAUUAGAGAAACUUAGAACUCUUGGGAAUCGAGUAUAAUAGGAGAAAGUAGAAAAAAUUUAUAUGUAGUAGCAACCUCGUUUCCAGGGUUCAGUUCUCUUCUACUCGUCCCUACGGAGGGGAGAGAGAGCCUGGGAGCAAGGUUGAUGUUGUAGUUAAUUUUUUAUCUCGGGUAAUUUUUAUUUUUCUUUUGUUUUAACUUCAUUAGCAUACACUACCAUACCCAAAAACAAAAGGAAAACAAAAUUUACCUGGGAUAAAAAUUAACUACAGCAUAUACACGUGGUAUUUGAAAAGCAGACUGAUAAAGAUCAUAAACCGUGAAUGACAAGACACAAUGCUAACUUAAUGGGACAUUGCAGGAAUAACACUCGAUUUACGCGCGCUGAAAGUGGUUUCUUCGCUCUAGUGCUGUGUACUUACAACCUCAAAAAUGAAGCUAAAGCUUGUGUGGGGCGGUUCCCUGGGGUAGUCAAACCCUGAGCCUGUUUAAGACGAAAUCUUGUCAUUUUUACAUCCUGUUUGUUAAGACCAUUGUUUUCAAAUAUUUGUGUUUCGGCCGGAUUGACCCGCGAGUCAUUUAAAAUUUUAAUUUUGCGAAGAGUCCUUUACAGAAGUAUACUCGGGUGCAAGCACCUUGUCACUUGGUCUAGCUGUAUCCAGUUAGUUAACUCCACUUAUUAUAUAAGGACCAGUGAAAUACCAGGUGAGCUUUCGCGUGAAAACUUGAUAUCUUCACAUGUUAAACAUCACCGUUGCUAUGGCUACAUUAUAAAUCGCGUCUUUCACACCAAAAAACUAUUAAAGUGAAAUGGUUUGGUAGUUCAUUGGUGUUUAUAUAAUAAAUAGAACAUACAUGACCGCUUGGAGAUACGAAAUUUCUCAUCUCGUGUUGAAAA